GUCUCCUUCCGGCUCCACUCUGUGUCCCCUCCCGGGUCUCGUCUCCUCGCUUCCUCCGUCUCCCGUGCCGGAGUCGAAUCGACGAAUCCCCUCCGGCCACCGAGCACACCCUACUCCUUUGCAAGGAAAAGCGCCGCCUGGAAGGAAUACCUCCAGUGUUGGAGCCGUCGCUGCCCUGCCCUCUGCUGGACCGGCGUCUAGCGGAGAUCCAGCUCGGGAACUGAACUGACCCUGUGUUUCGCGGGAUCCCUUCGUUGCCGCGAGUGAUCUAAUCCAAAUCUUUCAUGUUGAGAUGACAGGCAAUGUCAGGGGUGGUCACAAAGUUCGCUGUUACAUCCAUGGUGAUGUGGAUGGCCCCAGUUGCGAUCAUGUAUGGGUUCUACUACCAGGUGUUUCCAGGGGCGAGCCAGAUGUCAUCCUCCGCUCAGACACUCGCUAGUGGAUUCCUUGCCAUCAUAUCAGUCAAUCUCGUGAUCGGCCUUUUCAUAUUCAUGGCGAUGAAGGAGGCUCCACACCAGGAGCCACUGCCAGAUCCCACCUUUCUGACGAACGCCAAAGCGAGUAUCAACCAGCCACCAUCUUCUCAAGUGAGUGAUGAUUCCAAGGGGAAGGGGAAGGUUGAGUAAGCUGUAGCGCAUGUUGGCACAGGUCUUGUGAAUGUUAGCACAUCUUUUUCAGGAUGGAUAGUACUGCUAUGUGCCUAUGCCAUCACACAAUGCCUGUCUUUGGCCCAUUUGUAGCACCCCAUGGAGAGAAGGUGAAUUGCCAUCAUACGAUGCCUGCCUCUCAGAAUGGGAUCUCCUGAAGAUUGGAUUUGUAGAUAGAUAGAUAAAAUAGAGUUCCAGGGACAAAAUGUGCCCCCGUUUAUUCUGUGUUGCAUUAGGACCAAGCCACCAUUCAGUUUACACCAGAUUUCACCGUUUCAGCGUACAGGAAAGACAUCUGCCCUAGACACCCAACAGCAGCUAGAGCAGGAUACAGACUAAUGAUCGUACAGAGCACACCUCCUGCUUGUUCUUGCCCAGGAUACAUACGAUCAUAUCCAGAACUACACAAACUCGAAGAUAGAUGUUUGUUGUGAUUAAUCUUGUCAUGUAGGGUAUAUAUGGAGCAACCCUAUACCAUGUUUAAUGCGCAUUUCAGAUGAAUCUUAGUUUUAUGGUCGCAUCUUGUGUUGUGUUGUAGUGGGUGAAGCAGGGAGAAGACAUGUCAUUGUUGCUCAGUGUCGUGCAGUGUGCAGCUGCAUAUUUGCACGAUGAGAAGGCCAUAUAUUGGAUGGAGUAGAUAGUGCUUGAGCAGUGGUACUGGUACAUCACCUCCACAAACGCUACGCACUGGAAUCGUCAGGUCGAGCUUUGGUGGGAUUUCGAGGUAUUGGGAAAUAUAGCUACACAUGUUGCAACUAACUGUUAUGAUGCUGGUACACUGGAUGUACUGGAUUUCGAGGAGGUACUGCACCGUGCUGCUGUGCUUCGGACAUGUACCUCGUCAAUGGUAGACACAGUAUUCAUGCU